AUGCCCAUCAACUAUCCACAGCCCACAGUGGCCCUGCAAGGCAUAUCGACGCGGGUCAGCGAGUACAUGGCUCGCUCCUACCCGAUUCGAGAUGUCCCGUUGAACGUCCGGCCCGCCAUGGUGUUCAUCACAGCGGCGUGGAUACUGCUUCUGGGUGUAUUGGGGAUGGCCCCGCUGCCAGAGCUGCCCGUCAAUGACAAGGCGCUGCACUUCUUUGGGAUGGGAUUCGCCACCUUUCUCGUCUACUUUAUCAUCGAGGUGCCAGAAACCACAUCUCGACGGAUAUGGUAUAUACGACGUGCCCCGCUGAUCCUCACCCUGACCACCACCUUCUUGGUCGGGGGGAUCAUGAGCGAAUUUGUUCAAUCCAUGCUACCUUGGAAGACCUUUCAAACAGGCGACAUUCUCUCCAAUCUCCUCGGAUCUACCCUCUUCCUCUACCUCGCCCAUCUCCUCCAUCAACGCCACCGCCGCAAGAGCGAGAUAUCCUCCCUGUACCAGCCGCUUUCCUCGGCGUCGUACCGGGAUGCCCAGGGCAGAGAGCACCUCUUUUCGCCGUCAGGGUCGUCGCCGGCGCAGGCGCAGAAAAGUCGGCCGGGGAGACAGGGUAGUAAUGUGUGGGAUGAUGAGGAUUCGGAUGGAGAGGGGAGGGCGGGUGCCUUCGAGAUAGGCGAUGAGGAGGAUAUGAGAUAG